AUGGGCGGCAUCAGCCGCAAAGGGAUGACACUGCAGGAGCUGAGCGACUACGACGACUUUGCAUCUGCUGCUGUCGUUGACCCUGUCCUCCGCUUCAGAACCCACAAAAUGAACCCCAAGUUGGUUUUUCUUAUUAGAAUCAAUACUUUUUUUUAUUAAAGCUAAACAGAGCAAUUUUUCUAAUUAUAUUUUUUUUUCUCCCUCCGGUGCAUUAUGCAUUUGUUUGAAUAUGUGCGCCUUUACUACAAGCAAAAACUUGAAGAGAAGUGAAAAAAUAAAGAUUUUUUAUUUAGAAAAACUAUAUCUCAGUCCCAAUGAAAAGUUUCGAAUUUUCAGCUUCGUCACACCCACUAGUUAUGAAAAUCAAUUGUUCGCCGAAGUCAUAAAAGUUUACAGUCAAAAUGGUGAUGAGAACGGUGCGAUUCAAGUGAGAAUUUCCCCAUUUGUUUCUCUCUCAUAACCAUAUUUUAGGGACUUUAUCAAGUUCCUUUUCUGAAAGCCUACGUCAUGCGUUUAUUGGUGGAGAAAGAAAUCGACUUUCGCAAACAUGUGAGUAAAUUAUUGCUACGUUAAUAUCUGAAAUGUUUUCAUUUCCAUUUAAAAUAUUUUUUUUCAGCUGGUUCGAUUUCUCAAAAUUUUCCAUAUUGAUUCGGGGUUCACGAUUCGCCCCUGUUAUCGUUAUUCUGCCGAGUUUUGUCUUGGAGCAAAACUUAUCGCCACUCGGAAAUGGUCGAAAAUCUUUUCUUUUUUUAUUCGGAGCAAUUUUUAGGAAGAAAAAUGAGUGGAUCAAGCAGCUGGCGGGCGUUAUCAAAUACAUUGAUCCAGUCAAGGACACGGGAUUCCUCAAAGAAGGCGUGAACGACUUUUCAGUGAUUUAUUCCUCGAGGUAAGCAUCAAACGAUCAUGUCUAAUGACCACGUAGAUCUAACGAUUUUGUGAAUUAAGACAAGAAAACUUUUUCUAAGCUAAAAAAUAUAUCAUAUUGUUUUCACAAAAAGAUUGAAAUUUUGUAGGAGCGGGAAAGACCAACUUUACCUCGGCCCAGCUGCCUAUAUCAACCACGACUGCAAUUCAAACUGCUCUUUCAUUUCCAAAUUCAGUACUGCCGUCAUUGUGGUAACACUCCUUUUUUGUUUUUUUGUUCUCACGAGAAAUUAAGGCAAAACGAGACAUCGCUGCCGGUGAAGAAAUAACUUGUAGUUACGGAAAACAUUUCUUCGGAGAGUCGAACCGACGAUGUGAAUGCAAAACAUGCGAAGAGUCAGUUUUUUUUUUCAAACUUCUAGUGAAACAUUUUCAGUCAGAAGAAAGGAGCUUUUGCUCCUCUUGUUGAAAUAGAAGAAGAGAACAUCGAAGAGAAUUCGAGAAAAACGAAAUGCGAGAAUUGGAACUCUUGGGUCAAAAAAGAAAAAAGACUGCGUCACGUUGACCCAAAGUGAGUUGUGUCGAAUCUUUUUGUACUUCUAUUCGAAAUGUAUUGAAAAAUUACAGAAGCUAUCGUUAUUCUUGGAGAAGAGAUGCUUUUGACAGUCAGAAACUCAUCAACGAACUAGAGGAGCGGGAAAAGUACAUCAAAGAAGGUUAUCAACUAUUUAAUUCUGUCUAAGAGGAUUUUCAGCUUUUGAAAACACUGACCCAGCCCCUACUGUAGAACGAGAAGCAUCCCUGGAACAUUGUCCAAAUGUGAGAAAAGAUUCCAAAAAUUUGAAGUUAUAACUAAACUCUCAGGAUUUGACGACACCUCUCCCGAUAAGAACAUCAUCAGACAACGGCUUGUAUUUCAAUCCUGAUGUUUUGACUCCAACCGAAGAAAUCGAAGUUCCAAAAGGUUCAUUGCAAUUUUUUGUUUUUUUUUUUGGUCUGUUUAUAGUGAAUUCGGAAUUCGUCUAUUAUUUCAUAAACAGUUGCAGAAGUGGUAGUGCCACCAAAACCGCGCAAACGAAACAAACGCCCGCGACGCAAAGUUUUGCGGAAAAGAAAAGCUGCGCCCCUGGUGGAAGGGCCUCCGAGAGAAAAAAGACCUUGGAAACGGCGUUAUGUCGAAGGUUUUUUCGGAAAAAUCCACAUCUUUCAUCUUGUUGUUUAUAGGGAAGCCGAUGAAAACUAGGAGCCAAUCGACAAUGUUGAACAAUGAAGAACUUCAGAACGAAAAGAAAGCGGAGGUAUUUCCUGGAACCCAUCCAAUUUAUCAGUGGAAGUAUUCAGGAGGCAAACGAUACUGUUGAGACUCUGCCAGUUCCAAACUAUUCUCACUGCGGUUUGGAAUCUUCUGAAGAUGAAAUCGAGCUUUAA